AAGCCGCUGGCUCGCAGCUAGUCGUGCUCUUUCUCACUACCCAAAAGUGUUCCGCUAGUGCCUCGCCAUGGGCCGGAGUCCAGGUGCGCUCUGGCUGGUUUGCCUAACGGCGGCCGUUUUGGCGCAGGAUGAUCUACUGUCACAAGACGACGAAUGCGCCACGUUGGGCGCCGAGAAAUGUGCUGCCAACGCCCUGCAGCUGAAAGGAGCGGCGGUGAAUUCCGAGGAAACAGCGGCCGUGAGCGCGGAGUGGGACGUGCCCACGCCCAAAAACGGCAGCGUUGGCGAAUGCGGCGAUUGCAUGAUGGCCAACCAUGAAGGCGGCGGCGAGCAACUGCUGGGAGCGGGUCCGCGAAUCUGGCACUACGCCCAGAACUGCUGGUACACCUGCGGAAGGAAAGCAGGCGCCUGCAAUCACUUCUGCGGGCCGGGCAACGCCUGCUGCCGCUACCGCUUCCCAGGACCACCAGAGUGCCAGCGGGUUGGCUUUUGGCCCUCCCUGUCCUACCACACCUGUGUUGUCAGCGCGAUGCCACCUCCGCCUGCGCCAUCCACACCGGAAGGGCCACCCUUGCCGGACGUUGCGCCUGCCACCGGUGAUCAGGACGACGCCCUCAAGAUGAAGGAAGGCAGCAAGAGUGACGCCUUGUAUCGGCCACCGGUGCCCUCGCUGUUGUCCCCGAGCACCGCGCCGUUGCUGGAGUUCUAUGUGUAUCGUGCGAUGAGCGAUUCGAGCUACCCGCUGGAGAAUGUGAACGCUGCAAACGCCGCUGGGGUCAUGUGGUACCUGCACAACGAGGUGAUCAUUUGGACUCCUCGGAAGUUCGGCAUCACCCGCAUUGUGCGUUUCAAGGUGCAGUACAAAGCACCGGAGCCUUUGCACGAGAAGGGCAUGAACUUUGGAGUGCGCUACGCCUUCGACAGCGGCAAAUGCACUGGCCCUGGAGAUUGCUCCUCCGACUACGGGAAGUACGGGUACUUUGUGGGCUGCAACCUGGUCUACAACUUCCCCACGAACCAGUUCAAGGAUGCCAAGUACUACGGCGAUCCCACAUGGUAUGCUUUCCCUGGCCCCUGCUACACCAACACCUACCGAAAUCACGACGACAUGUGUGUCCAGUCCAAACCGGGCGGCGCCUGUCCGGGAUCGCCCAGCGGUCGGGGUGACUGUACUUAUCAGUAUGAACCAGCAGGAGAAGUCUCAGUCGACGAAGUGGUCGGCAUCAAGGACUACGCUUCCUUCCUCAAGAACGGCGGCAAGGAGUACAUCCCGGGUCUGGGCACUGGCGCCCAGAUGUGCCGGCAGCAGCCUUGGCUCUGCGACAAGGGCGCGGGCAUGAGCUUCUGGAAUGACAAGCACAAUGAGCACUACAACCAAAUGCGCGUGCAGCGGCUGAAAGAUACCUUCCAGAAGAAGUACCCGACCAGCCCCAUCCUGGCGGAUGUGCCUUGCGACUUCAAGGAGUAUCAGUUCUACCACUGAGCGCCCGCACUAGCGCGAUAGACGAGAAAUCAUCGUCACUUACUUGACAUGGUCAAGGGUCAGAAACUAUGACCGGUUUCACUAGCAGACUCUGCCUAGCAGCUCAGCGUGUAUGGCACCGAUGUUCGG